GUUUUUAUUAACAGUGCUAUCGCCUGCUUGAAAAGACAGAUUUUUCCAGAGGUUUUUUUUUUAUAUGUAUUUUCAGACUCUGGUUGUUUUCCGAAAUACGCCGCCAUCCUCGGAAACAAAGUCGAGCCGAAGAAAAGACCUGUCCGGAUUGCCGAUCCUUGUUUUCUUGUCCUUCGGUCAACUUUUUUCGGUUUAUUGGCUUUACGGAUCCUUGGGGUAUCUAGCCCAUCCAACUUCUCAUUGCCCACAAACACAUGUCCUGCUAGUUUUUAGCAGCUUAUCUACGGGCCGUUGGCAGUUAUUUCAGGUAAAGAAGUCAGCCAAGCCAGCGAGCCAGCUGCAACUAGUUCUAGAUUGGCUACUCAAGCCCUUGCGCCAACUUCUUUUAUUUAUUAAAGCGUUGCCCAGCAUAGCACGCAACAUAACAGGGUCAAUUACUUGUCAGUUUCAUAGCAGGCAAACUUGUGGUGGCGGACGAGAGAGGCAGAGGCUUGACCUGUAUAGCCCUGGAAUGUUACAGCGGCCUAUUCGUGUACAUGGUACCUAACUCACACUACGUUUUACCGUCAGACAUUUACUCAUGCGCAGCUUAUAAAGCCCCAAACUAAAGAAAAGCAACACCUGGCCAGUCAACUCAGCGCCGUUUAUCUGCAGAUGCUUUUUUGUCAUGGUUGCAGUAUUGGUUGAUACUGCUCCAGCGGGAUCUCGAUGGCAAUUCCCCGGAGGCUUUCAUGACGGAUUUUUCCUUCCUACCAUCCAUACCGAACGCAUCGUCCGUUCUCCUUGGUUUUGUUGUUUGCCCUAUGCGCUCAAUGGUCAUGUUGUUGUCUGUGCACAUCUCAUGUUAGAUUACGUCUUUUCUCCUCUUUUUGUCACCUCGCGUUACCACAUGCCAAGUUUGUUCGACGUACACACUAAUGAACACUCGGUCUCAUCGGAUGACUGCAUCUGAAAUUGUUGCCCAGAAGAGGAGGAGGCUGUACUCGCUCCCUCGCUCAAGAUUGCCAAAUUGGUGCCACUGUGCAAAGUAUUAUAGCAU